AUGGUGAUGAAGCGGAACUCAGAGAUCUUUUUAAUAGCACUGUUAUUCAUAGGGACAAAGGCGACGAAUUCGCUACCAAAAUGUCGGAUGCCGAAUGGAUAUGCGGGGGAGUGCAGACACCUGGAGAAGUGCAAACCGCUUUUCGACCUCAACGAGAAGCAAGUGAAAACCGACCUGGACCUCCUGUACCUUCGGCAGUCUUCGUGCGGAACGACCAGCAGUUAUAGAUACAAGGUGUGCUGUCCACCACAGACGGAGUGGUCUAAAGCGCUGGACGUAAACCCUGUGCUGUACCCUGAAUUGAUGGACGAUGUGGCGAAAUAUGGACAGAGUUCAACAAGAAAGUACACAACUCCGACGCAGACCACAUCAAAUGGCAACAAUGAUAACACGAACAGAGUCGGACAGAUUCCGACGAAACGCCCUGCCCCUGCAAAUUCUAACAAUAAGAUAUUUGACAACAACUACCUCCAUAGUGUCGGACAGAAUCCAACCAAUGGCCAGGUCUCUGUAAACGCUAACAAUAUUGGAUCUUAUAACGACUUUUAUAACGGCUUCUUGCUCAGUGUCGGACAGAUUCCAUCCAAAGACCAUUCUUCCAUAGGCACUAAUAAUAAUGGAUUUGAUAACGGCUCUCCGUACGGAGUAGGACUCAUGCAAACUCAUAAACAGACUGCGAAUGUUAAUGAUAAUAGAUUUGAUUUGAACAGAGUUGGGCAGAGGCCUAUUAAUAGGCAGACCACUAUAGCCACUUACAAUAACGGAUUUGAUUACCAAUCGUCAUAUGCAGUAGGACAGACUACUACCACAGAUCAGGUCUCUGAAGCUCCUAAUAAUAACAGAUUUGAUAGCAACAACUCGUUCAGAGUUGAGCAGACACCAAUAAAUGUCCAGACCCCUGUAGCCAUUAACAAUAACGGAUUUAAUUACGAUCCUUCAUACACAGUAGGACAGACCACUACCACAGACCAGUUCUCCACAGCUCCUAAUAAUAAUAGAUUUGAUAGCGACAACUCGUACAAAGUUGUACAGACUGCAACAAAUGGCCAGGCCUCUGGAAACACUAACGAUAAUGUAUUUGAUAACGAUUCUUCGUCCAAUGCCGGACCGACUCAAACCAAUAAACAGACUGAAGCGAAUGUUAAUAAUAGUGGAUUGGAUAGCGACAAUUCGUACAACGUCGAGCAGUCGCCUAAUGAUAGCGAGACUCCUUUAGCUCUUAAUAAUAACGAAUUUGACAACGAACCUUUAUACACAGUGGAACUGUCUACAUCCGAAGACCAGACCACUACAACGGCUCCUCCUAAAACACAACUCACGACUGAGUGCGGCGUUCAAUCGUCUGUUUUCAACACGGCCCUAGUCGGUGGGGAGGCGGCGCCGGAACAGUAUCCUUGGCUGGCGCUUCUGGAGUACACAGGCGGAGUGGUCAACUGCGGUGGUAGCCUCAUAUCGCGGCGUCACGUGCUUACAGCGGCUUACUGCUUAGAGACUAUGAGAGGGAAACCCAUCGCGGUCCGUCUCUCCGAGUACAACAUGACCACGUACCCACUGGACGUCGCGGUGACGAGCAAGGGCGAACGCGAGCUGAUCAGCGUCGUCGUUGUGCCGGUGGAGUGGAGCAGGAUGCACCCGCUGUUCGGUCACAAGCACUACCAGCACGAUAUCGGUCUGGUGAAGAUGGCCGCGGACGUGACCUACUCAGACUUCAUCAAGCCGAUAUGCUUGCCGCAAACGGACCACGCCAAGGAAUUCAAAGUCGACACGAACCUGCUGGUCGCCGGCUGGGGCACCGACUCCGCCGACGGGGGCGAGGUGAAGAUGGACAACCAGAUUCCCUACGUGCCAAUGGAGAUAUGCAACCGGCUAGUGAGGAGGGCGCUGGGGAGCAAACAAAUGUGCGCGGGCGAGAGGCCUACGCGGAAGCCCUGCGUAGCCGACUACGGGGGUCCACUAAUGCUGGAGACCGAAGACUACUACGUAGCGGUGGGCGUGGUCAGCUACGGGCCGAACCAAUGCAGCGGCGGAUCAGUGCCCGACGUGUAUACGAACGUCUACGAAUACAUGGACUGGAUAAGGGACAACGUGGUUGAUCUGGACGGUUCUAAC